AUGGCUGUGCGUCCCGGGCCACUCUGGCUAUUGAGCCUUGCUCUGUGCGCUCUGGGAGGCGGCCACGGCCCACGGCCCCCACACACCUGUCCCCAGCGUCGCCUGGGAGCGCGGGAGCGCCGCGACAUGCAGCGCGAAAUCCUGGCGGUGCUCGGGCUGCCCGGGCGGCCCCGACCCCGUGCACCACCCGCCGCUGCCCGGCAGCCGGCGUCCGCGCCCCUCUUCAUGCUGGACUUGUAUCACGCCAUGACGGACGACGACGACGCCGGGCCACCGCAGGCUCACUUGGGCCGUGCCGACCUGGUCAUGAGCUUCGUCAACAUGGUGGAGCAUGACCGUUCCCUGGGCUACCAGGAGCCACACUGGAAGGAAUUCCACUUUGACCUAACCCAGAUCCCUGCUGGGGAGGCUGUCACAGCUGCUGAGUUCCGGAUAUACAAAGAGCCCAGCACCCAUCCACUCAACACAACCCUGCACAUCAGCAUGUUCGAGGUGGUCCAGGAGCACUCCAACAGGGAGUCUGACUUGUUCUUUUUGGAUCUUCAGACGCUCCGGUCUGGGGACGAGGGCUGGCUGGUGCUGGACAUCACAGCAGCCAGUGACCGAUGGCUGCUGAACCAUAACAAGGACCUGGGACUCCGCCUCUAUGUGGAAACCGAGGAUGGGCACAGCAUGGAUCCUGGCCUGGCUGGCCUGCUUGGACAACAAGCACCACGCUCCAGACAGCCUUUCAUGGUCACCUUCUUCAGGGCCAGCUCAAGUCCUGUGCGGACCCCUCGGGCAGUGAGGCCACUGAAGAGGAGGCAGCCAAAGAAAACAAACGAGCUCCCACACCCCAACAGACUCCCAGGGAUCUUUGAUGACAGCCACGGUUCCCGCGGCAGAGAGGUUUGCCGCAGGCAUGAGCUCUACGUCAGCUUCCGUGACCUCGGCUGGCUGGACUGGGUCAUCGCCCCCCAGGGCUACUCUGCCUACUACUGUGAGGGGGAGUGUGCUUUUCCACUGGACUCCUGUAUGAAUGCCACCAACCAUGCCAUCUUGCAGUCUCUGGUGCACCUGAUGAAGCCAGAUGUUGUCCCCAAGGCGUGCUGUGCACCCACCAAACUGAGUGCCACCUCUGUGCUCUACUAUGACAGCAGCAACAACGUCAUCCUGAGGAAGCACCGCAACAUGGUGGUCAAGGCCUGUGGCUGCCACUGAGGCCCUGCCCAACACCCUGCUUCUACUGCCUUACCGUUGGCUCAGGCCCCUCUCCAGAGGCAGGAAACCCUCCUAUGUUAUCAUAGCUCAGACAGGGGCAACGGGAGGCCCUUACUUCCCCUGGCCACUUCCUG